AUGAUUAUCAUCCCAGAUAUCAUUGAAGAUGAACUCUAUUGUAAUUUGUUAUAGAGAAUGAAAGGACUGCUUCAAAAUCAAGAACCAUAAAAUUGCUUCUAUUUUCUGAUUCAUUUGUUAAAUGCUCAACAGUUUCAUGGAGAAGUGUAUGAGCUAUAUAGUAAAGUUGAGAAUAAGCUAAUUCUGAAUAAUCUAUCGUAUUUUUAGAGAAUUAAAUGGAAAUUCUUCAUUAUGAUGAUUAAAUAAAAUUUAUAUACCAGUUUGAAUGCAAAACUAAAUGGAAACCAAUUGGAUAAAACAAAACUAUCAAUAAAGAUCAAUUAGUUUAUUCAAUCUGAAAGUUUUAAUUAAAGUAUCAAGGAUGGAUUGAUUAACAUAAUUCAAUAAAAACUGUAAUUGCAAUAACUACUAGUCAAAUGGCAGAGUAAGAUAGAUUUUACCUCUUCUUAUUAUAACUUGAUGGAGAAUGUUGAAAAAUAAGAGAAAAUACUGAAGUCAAUCUAUGAUUCCUUUCCAAGUUAAAGAAAUCAAUCCUAAUUAAUGUUCUUUUAUGCUGAGAUCAAAUAUGAUUGGAAAAAAGCCUUUGAUUAACUGUAGAUUAACGCCAUUGAUAAUUCCAUAUUGAAUAUCGUAGCUGAUGUUGAUUUUAAUAGACUAGCCAACAAAAUGGUCUAUUUAAUCUAUUCGUAUGAUGAUCGAAAACUUUAGAUUAUUUCAUUUUCCAAAAAGACACCAGGGGUAUUUGGAUAUCAAUUCAAAUAAUUUGAACAACUCUUAACUCCUGAUACCUUAAUUCCUUCAGUUGUAAGAGAUAUCCAUGAUCAAUACAUAACGGAAUUUUUAUAAAAUGGAAAAGGCAGUUACUUUAGAGAGAUAGGCUAGAAUUUUUGCUAACUUAAAUCAGGCUUUAUGCAAAGCGUAGAAUUCUUAUUUGAUAUCUAUAUCGAUAGUAAUCAAUCUUUUCGCUUUAUAACCUUUCUUUGUUGUCUUGAAUAAGCAGAUCCAAUGAUCUUGGUUGAUUCACAGAAUAAAAUCUAGGGAAUUAAUAAGGAAUUAUUCAAAAAAUUGAAUUUCAAUCCGAAAAUAUUAGAAUAAUUAUCGAUUGAAAAAUCACUUUAUAAUUUGUCCGCCGAUUUGUUUAUUCCGCAAGAUGUAUUAAAUGGUAGCCAAGACCAAUACUCAUUCUAGUUGUGUUUUCCAAAAGAAACGUUUUUUUCAAAGGAGUUCUCCACUUAUUCAUAGAAAACUACUAGUUUAAAAAAUUAUUAGAAAUUAUUGACCUAUGAUGCGGCCUGCGAGGUACUGAGGAGAAAAACCUAUUAAGUAAUAAAACUAAAGAAUAUCUAAGAAAUAGGCAAAAGCAAUUUCACAUUAUCAAUGGAAAUAAACUUGACUUUUAAUUAACUUCUAUCAGUAAAUGAAGAGGAAUCAAUUGUACAACCAUAUGAAGAUUCCCCCUUAAAAGAAUUAUCUAUAAACUAGGCUAUCCAAACUCAACGAAAGACAGAUGCUAGAUUCUUUAGCGAAUAAGAGGAGAAUCAUCAAAAUCAAGAAUAAAUCGAGAAAAUAAACAUAUAUCAAUAUAGUCAAUCGAAUGCAGUUGAUAAUGACGAUAGGACUGUAAAAAUAUUGGGGAACGUUUACGACAAUGAAGGAAAUAAUUAGGGGAAUAUCGUUUUGGAAGGUUCUCAAGCAUCUUCUAUGGCAGGAUUAAGAAAAUCAGUCUAUUAUCGAAAGUAUACUCUUGUAAAUUAACUGAAUGAGCUGACUCCAGCCAUACCACUGUUAAAUAAGCUAUUUGGAUAUUUAAUAUUUGCUCUGAUCAAUUAAAUAAUAUUUCUAUCAAUAGUAUUUAUUUAGCUUAUUUUAGAAUGUAUUUUUCUCAAGAAAUGACUUUGAUUCUCUCAAUUAUUAUUACUAAUCAAUUUAAAUCAAUCAUUAUUUUAUUGAACCUAUGCAGAAGUUCUUCUUGACUCGUUACAUGCUUAUUGAUUAUUAAACAUUAAGCCUAUAUUAAAGCAUAACUAAAGACAAAUAUAACUAGUACUAGCAAUUUAUUAAUCCUUUAUUGAUUGGUUCAUAUGAUGAAUUCAAAGUAAACUUUUAGAACCAUUUUCAGGAUGAAACUUUUUCAGUAUUCAUUGAAGACAAAUACGUUCUCGUCUAUUAGCAAAUUACUCAUUAUGCUCCUCUAAAAUUACAAGAAUACAACGUAACAUUAUUCAACGCAUUUAGCAUUCUGCUCGAUGCUUUUUACAAAUAAGCGUAAGUCUAUCUUAAGCCUUCAACAAUAAUAGGCACUAAUCCUCACAACACCUACUAAUAUAAGAACUAUAUCCUAUUUGUCACUGUAUUUGACAAUAUAUCUGACUUGAUCUAUCAAGAGUCGAUAUCAAAAACAAAAUUAGUUGGAGAUAAAUGGAUAAAAAUGGUAGUUCCAAUAUCAAUCGUAGUAAUGCUUAGCUUAUUUCUUCUUGGGUUCUAUUACAACUACUACAACAAUUAUUUAGAGAAGUUCUUUGCACUUAAUGCACACAUAGACUUGAUAGAACUUGAUGCUGAUUAGAACAGACAGUAAUUUAUCCUGUAAAGUUUAAAACAAGGAUCUGAAUUGAUUCACUUGUAUAAAUUUAAUAUGAUUGGAAAGGAAGAGAUGUUGGCUAAAGUUAAAGUGAAGGAGUCCUAAAAGGAGAUUAAAAAUAUCAAUAAUGAAGUAAAAGAAUUUAGGUACUCCAUUAAGAUUUCGAAAUUGCCUUUAAUAUCCACUGUCUUAGUAUUACUCAUAUAAUAUGUAUUAAUCUCUGGAUCGCUAACUUUUAUUGGAACUGAUUACAUGAGUAAGUUCUCGGAAAGCAUUCACUUUUUUAAAUCAAUAUCCGACAUUGGCGUUUAUGUUCCAGCAGCAUUUUCAUAAAAAGAAGUCUUGUAUUUCUUCUCUUUCUUUACUUACUAUACAACUGAUGAUCGAGCAUUUUUUGUGGAUUAAAUUUAAAAAGCAGUCACAAAAAUUGAUACCUUCUUGUAAAUGGAUAUUGAGAGUUCAAAAUUACAAUUUUCUAGUUAAUUCUUAGACAGUUAUGAAUAUUUAUAACAAAAUAAUCUAUGUCCAUUGUUGAAUAGUUCGAAGUAUUAUGAUUUUGAUUACUUUUGUCCUAACACUUAAAAUGGAGUAUUGAAAUUGGGUUUGACAGCUGCUUUGACCAAUUUUAAUAAUAUUCUAAAGACUGAAUUGAGUAUAAAUUUCCCGAGUACUCGUAAAUUGCCUCCAAAAGAUGAGUUGGAAGCCGUUUAUUUGUGUUCAGAUAUAAUUUCUGAGAUUACUACCAAGAUGGAAUAAGAUAUUUAAUCACAAACUUAGACUAUUGUGGAAUUAUACAAUGUAUUUAAAUUUGAUUACUUUUGAUAGAUCAUAAAUUCGAUAAGCUUGACAUAUACCAUCAUCCUAAUCCUAGUUGUUUAAUUUACAGUAUUCUAAUAAUUUAAAGUGAAACUUAAUAGAACGAAGAUGAUCUCACUAAUCUUCCCACUCGAAACUAUAUUCUUAAAUGAUCAUUUUGAAAGGGAACUUAGGAGGAUGGUUACUAGUGAGAAAUUAAUUUGA